AUGGCUGUGGUUUGUACGACACCACCCACUGCACUUCUGGGAACUACGCCUGCUCCAGCCGUGGAAGAGCUGGAUUAUAUCUCUUACGAUGCCUUCUUUGUUAUACUUCACGGCGAGUUACAUAGUGUGCUAUUCGGUGCUUACUGUUCCCUCCACUCUUCGGUUAUCCUUACUGGCACGGAUAACAGGGACAGAAAAAUUGGCUUAUUAGCUAGCCCCUUUCUGCCGAAGAUGAUCUGUCGAGUUUAG